AGUAGGAGGCUUGAAGCCAGGUUGGCAGAGAGAAGGAUCCAGCAUGACCCUUACCUUCUCUGACAGAGGUUUCCUCGAGUGGAGAGUGGGUGCGUGAUGGCAACACCUGGCUUGCAGGGCUGCUGGGACGGUUCUUCCAGACAUGACUUAAGAGACCUUGAACACUGCUGAUGGAUAUAAAAAUGGACAACUUUACUACACCCUCUGCAGCUCCUCUGGAGAGCGACUGUGACCUCUACGCCCACCACCGCACAGCCAGGAUCCUCAUGCCUCUGCAUUACAGCAUCGUCUUCAUAAUUGGGCUCGUGGGAAACCUGUUGGCCUUGACGGUCAUUAUUCAAAACAGGAAAAAAAUCAACUCUACCACUCUAUAUUCAACCAAUUUGGUGAUUUCAGACAUACUGUUCACCACCGCUCUGCCUACACGGAUAGCCUACUAUGCACUGGGUUUUGACUGGAGAAUCGGCGAGGCCUUGUGUAGGAUAACUGCUCUCGUGUUUUACAUCAACACGUAUGCAGGCGUGAACUUCAUGACCUGCCUGAGCAUUGACCGGUUCUUUGCCGUGGUGCACCCACUGCGGUACAACAAGAUGAAAAGAAUUGAACAUGCAAAGUGCAUUUGCAUAUUUGUCUGGAUUCUCGUAUUUGCUCAAACACUCCCACUGCUCAUAAAACCUAUGUCAAAGAAGGAGGCUGAAAGGACUACGUGCAUGGAAUAUCCAAACUUUGAAGAAACCAAAUCUCUUCCCUGGAUUCUGCUUGGUGCAUGUUUCAUAGGAUAUGUACUUCCGCUGGUAAUCAUUCUUAUCUGCUAUUCUCAAAUCUGUUGCAAGCUCUUUAAAACUGCCAAACAGAACCCAUUAAGUGAGAAAUCUGGUGUAAACAAAAAGGCUCUCAACACAAUUAUUUUUAUAAUUGUUGUGUUUGUUGUCUGUUUCACACCUUAUCAUAUUGCAAUUAUUCAACACAUGAUUAAGAAGCUUCGUUUUCCUGAUCUCCUGGAAUGUAGCCAAAGAUAUUCAUUCCAGAUAUCUCUGCACUUCACAGUAUGCCUGAUGAACUUCAAUUGCUGCAUGGACCCUUUUAUAUAUUUCUUUGCAUGUAAAGGGUACAAGAGAAAGGUCAUGAAGAUGCUGAAACGUCAAGUCAGUGUAUCAAUUUCCAGUGCCGUGAAGUCAGCCCCUGAAGAAAACUCACGUGAAAUGACGGAAACUCAAAUGAUGAUACAUUCCAAGUCUUUAAAUGGAAAGUAAAAAGGAAUUAAAUCUUGGAUUUAUAGCAAAGUAAACUGUAUGACAAACUUUGCAGGACUUUUCUUAUAAAUCAAAAUGACUGUUUAACUUCUAAUUAGGAUUCUUUUAAAUUCCUUUCAUUGGGCACUAUUUCUCACCUCCAACUUGGAAGUAAAUUGAUAUAUAUGCAUUUUUUUACACUCGAGAACGACAUGAAGCAAAGUUCUAAUUUGUAAAUGAAAUACUACACCAAAAGGGAGCAUAUUUUAAUAACUCACAGUGUAGAAAGAAAAGUUUUGUGUUAAUGAAAAAUUUAAUCAUUAAUAUUUCCUGCCAAUAAUUUGGCAAAAGAAAAAAAGACUGUUAAAAUUGUAUAUUGCCAGUGUAGAAAUGUUAAUAUUGUAACAUAUUUCUUUUCUUUUUUUUUGAUAACAUAUUUCUUCAGUUCAUGUUUCUUUCAAUCUUAGACUUUAUCUCCUCGAUAAUAAAUUUUUUUGUUUUGUUUUGUUCUGAGUCAUAAAUUUUUGUUUCAAAAAACUCUUUUGGAAUAAAGAGCUGGAUGCUACAAAAUUAUGAGUAUGUCCUUCAGUGCUCACUGUCUACUCUCAGCAGAAGUUACAGGGAGGAUAAAAUUAGCAGUAGACAGAGUUUGGACAGCAACAUUAUGGUGAUGAAUGCAAUGAAAGCUCUUCCCAAACAGCCAGCAUGGCAUUCAAGGGCCACUGCUCAGGAAUAU